AUGCGUGUGCGCAUCUGCACGAGUCACCCGGAUCGUUACGUGUUCCCAACCCUGCUGCCGAACGCGUCGCGCACCCUCCCGAACAACGUUGCCAAGAGGAUGAUUUAUCGCAUGAUGUCGCGAUUUUAUGUGGUGCACAGCUUAUACGUCCCGGGGGUUUCCAAUGAGAUAUUGUUCGGCGAACAAUAUACCACUGCCAAGUGCAAUGCGGCGAAUUCAGACUAUCACAGAUCUCUAAUUCAUGUUGGUAGCAUAGCAAUAAUGUUCAUCGCAGGGCGUUUCAUUUCAUUUUGCAAAAAUACCAGCCUGCCCGGGUUGAAGUUCAUUGUCGACAGAGAUCGGCCACUGACGUUAAGAUUAUUGUGGUCGUUUAUGUACGUCGCCCACAUUGCCGGGAUGUUUGCAUUUAUCAUAUCACUCUUCAAGUCCUAUAACGAGGAUGCGGUUAGUUUUCUCACGGAAACAGCUUACUUGGAUUGGAACACGUCGUUUCCCGCCAUUACCGUCUGUCAAAUAUCGGUCGUAGAUUUUCCGCCGAGCGAAGAUUAUGACUUAGACGAGACCGAGAAAGACAACACGCCCAUAGAAUUUUUCAUUGCCGACGUGUCCUUUUUCUCGGGCACCUGUUACUCGUGUCAAUCGCAUUGCCCGACAUGUUCUAAAUUAAAUAUAUCGAAUAUCGUUCGCAAGAUAAGGCAACCGUGCGAGAAGUUGCUCCAAAAGUGCAUGUGGAACAAUGUCGAGUUUGACUGUUGCGAGAAAUUCUUGCCUCUCGAAACCGAAUAUGGAAUUUGCUACUCGAUUAAUUCGUUACACACGCAGUCAACCCCCUCAUCUGAGAUUAAUUUGCUGAUGAAUCGGAAAACGGGUAUCGGGAAAAUGUCGUUGAAAACUAACGAGGACGUACGAGUCUAUUACCAUGCUGCGGAAGACGUUCCGUUUAUAAAUUCCGAACCAAGUCAUCGUAAAGACGUCAUGGUGGGCGAAGAAUACAACAUAUUGUUUAAAAUAACGGAGAUUGAAAACGACGAGACUCUAAGAAAAUUAACAAUUCGCCAGAGGAGAUGCAGGUUUCCUUGGGAGAAUCCGAAAAACGUAAUCGUUCAUAAGUUCUAUAGCUAUUCGACAUGCAUUGUUCAAUGUCACGCGGACAACCAGAUUCGUCUGUGCAAUUGCACUCACCAUUUGAUGCCAGUAUAUAAUAAGGAGAAGUACUGCGACAUAUUCGGUUUGCGUUGCUUAACCGACAAUUUUGAAACCCUCAACAGAAUUAGAGCGCCAGGGUCAGACAGCAAACCUGGGUUAACAUGCGAUUGUUUGCCUUCGUGCACGGAACCGGAGUUAAAAAUUAUUUCCGAAACCAAAGAGGUUGGUUUUACCAACGGCGGUAUUAAUAUCAAGAUGCAAUCUCUGCCUACGUCUAGGUUUAAACGAGUGGUGGUAAGAAGUCCCCUGGAACUAGUAGUUUCGAUUGGGGGAGCAGCAGGUCUGUUCAUGGGAGCGUCUAUAUUAAGUGUAGUCGAAAUCUUAUAUUUAUUAUUUGUAAAAAAUCGAACCUAAAUUUUUUUGUAUGAUUUAGUAGGUGGUGGACGAGUGACCUAUACAAUUCUAUUUCAAAAAUAUUGUAAUUGGAUUUCUUUCAUGUACCUAGAAGAAGUACGACCUGUUAACCUUAAAUA